GAUUCCGUUCUCACGUGCACCGCGUACAGUCUGCUCUAGUCUGCUGUGGGAAACUGGCAUACUCAGACUGGGAACGACGACUCGGGGGAUCAAUUGAGCUGCAAGUUUCCGGAAUGUCCACCUCCCUCCUUCAGUUCAGUCGACGGUGUUGUCGAUCCAUAGGCGUCCUUUCAGCUCUAAAUCCAUUCACGCGAAAUUUUUCAAAAACGCUACCUACAUUUGCUGGUAGGAAGAAGAAUGAACCCAAAAUCCGUAUACCGUCCAAAAAGGCUAUGGCCGCAAAAGCGAAGAGACGUGCCGCGAAAGCAGCACUGACUGCAGCAAAGGUAGAAAAUUUGUCUCUAAUGGAUGCUAUCGCUGUAUUACGCGCAGUAGAAGUUGCCUCACCAAGGGCCAUGUAUGAGUUAUAUAUUAAAACCGAGAUGGGAAAUGGUGUUGCAGUUCCGAAAGGUCGUUUCAAGCUGCCUCGAGAAGCCAAAGCUCAGGCCGAAGACAAGAUCUUAGUUUUUGCGGAGGGUAGGCAGGCGGAAGAGGCAAAGAAGGCCGGCGCACAUAUCGUUGGAGGGCCUGAACUCAUUGACGGAAUCUUGAACAACAGGAUUCGGGCCACGACAUACUUGUCGACCACUUCUUUGAUUCGAACUAUAACUCCUCGUUUAGGGCGUUUCCUGGGUCCACAGGGCCUCAUGCCCUCGGAGCGACGAGGGACUGUCACUGACGACAUCGUAGGCUACAUCGAACGCAUUCAGGGUACCAGCGAGUGGAAAGCUGACAAGAAGGGUAAUAUCCACAUGCCCAUCGCCUCCAUGCACUUUCCCGCUGAAGAUGUCGUGCGGAAUUUUCGACACUUCAUGACGUCGGUUAAAAAGGCUACAGGUAAUACCAAAGAAUCACAAUCUCGUUCCUCAAAGGACGCCAACAAACCCGUCACUCCUAUUAACAAGGUUAUCCUGGGUUCUACGCAAGGGCCUGGCAUUCGAAUAUCGGAUUAUUAACUCCAUGAAAUAUCGCGUCCCUAUAAUACAUCAUGACUUUGAGCAGGAUAAAUUAGUGGCUGAAUCAAAUGCAAGCACUGGAGAGAUGACUUUAUCCGCGACGUCCUAAAGGAGGCACUCGAUCACGCCUCGACC